GUCUUCACCGUGGCGGGCAACGUGCUGGUGGUGAUCGCGGUGCUGACCAGCCGCGCGCUGCGUGCCCCCCAGAACCUGUUCCUGGUGUCGCUGGCCUCGGCCGACAUCCUGGUGGCCACACUGGUCAUGCCCUUCUCGCUGGCCAACGAGCUCAUGGCCUACUGGUACUUCGGGCAGGUGUGGUGCGGCGUGUACCUGGCGCUGGACGUGCUCUUCUGCACCUCGUCCAUCGUGCACCUGUGCGCCAUCAGCCUGGACCGCUACUGGUCCGUGACGCAGGCCGUGGAGUACAACCUGAAGCGCACGCCGCGCCGCGUCAAGGCCACCAUCGUGGCCGUGUGGCUCAUCUCGGCCGUCAUCUCCUUCCCACCGCUCGUCUCGCUCUACCGCCAGCCCGACGGCGCCGCCUACCCUCAGUGCGGCCUCAACGACGAGACCUGGUACAUCCUGUCGUCCUGCAUCGGCUCCUUCUUCGCGCCCUGCCUCAUCAUGGUCCUGGUCUACGCGCGCAUCUACCGCGUGGCCAAGCUGCGCACACGCACCGUGGUCAUGGGCGUGUUCGUGCUCUGCUGGUUCCCCUUCUUCUUCAGCUACAGCCUGUACGGCAUCUGCCGCGAGGCCUGCCAGGUGCCGGACCCGCUCUUCAAGUUCUUCUUCUGGAUCGGCUACUGCAACAGCUCGCUCAACCCGGUCAUCUACACGGUGUUCAACCAGGACUUCCGGCGCUCCUUCAAGCACAUCCUCUUCCGCCGGAGGAGAAGGGGCUUCAGGCAGUGACGGGUGCGCCCCGCCUGGCGCGGAGACCCCGGGCGGCUCCGGGAGGAGGGGGCGGGCGGGCGUGGCCCCCAGAGAAAGCGGGUUCCAUUCCCCGGGGACCCAGGGAUGGAUUGGCCUCCAGGGGGCAGGGCAGGCGCAUGGGCGGAUGAGACCCAAGCGCCCCCGGGAGAGGGGAGGAGAAAGGGGAGUCCCUCUGCCUUCCCAUCUCAGCGAGGGGCCGCUGGCGAGGCUGCAGGCCUGGAUCCCGCUCUGGGGGCCCUGCCGCGGGGGGCUGUCAGGUCCGGGUUGUAGCCACAGAGGCGCUGGCAACCCUCCAGACGGUGAGAAACCCCCAGACGCUCCCGCCCCGCCCCUCACCCACCUCCAAGCAAGGGCUGACUUCCCCAGGGACCCAGGGGGGCGCUGUCGGGGAGGCACUGACACCCUUUGGUAACUGAAAGUAUUGAAAUGUUUGCCAACACACGACAACCCCAACGACCAAACUAUUUUCUAAAUAAACCUUUGUAAUCUAA